GUGUGUGUGAGAGUGUGUGAGUGUGUGUGUGUGUGUGUGUGUGUGUGUGUGUGUGUGUGAUACAUUUUACCGCUCUGCCGCUGCAGGAAGAUGAGUACAGGGAGCUGAAGGUUUAUUUCUCCAAGCAAGAAUGGGCAGAGCUGCAAGAGUGGGAGAAAGUGCGCUACAAGAAUAUGAAACGCAACUACGAAGCUAUGAUUGCUAUAGGGCUGAAUUCUCUGAAGCCGUCCUUCAUGUGCCGCCGAUCCAGGAGCAGGCAGCCCCCCGUGGAGGACUCCAGUGACCCCGACGAAGACUGGACCCCCAGACAGGAGAGAGCCGCGGCAGCUCCAAAAACCUUUAGGCCACCUUAUAAGAGAGAUUUUGUCCACAGACAGACAACAGAAAAUGUGACUGCGACUAAGGUCCAAGUGAAUAGUGAAAAGGCCCCGGUGCCCAGCAGCAGUGUUGCUGGCCCCAGUGCAGAGACCCCCUCCUCAUCCACCUCCAGUUCUGAUGAGAACAGAGGAGACUCAUUUGAAGGCUUCACUGAUGAUGAACUGGCUGCCUUUCUUGUGUGCGGCAGCCCUUCUGAGAGUGAGGAGAGUGGAAAAGCAGAAAUUCGGAGAGCUGAGUUCAAAGCAGCCCGCUCCCAGAAAGAUUCCCGAAGUGCGCAGAACUCCAGUCAGGCCAGUACAGGAAAUUGCUACAGCUUGAGAAAGAAACUAAGAAUUCUGUACGAGGAGAUAGAUGAACCCAGUGACGAUGAUUACCUGUGUGAGUGCUGCAAGAGCAACCUUUACACUCGGACUGUGUACUCUGUUAAAAAAGGGUGCUAAACACAUGAUGGCAUGGACAAGGUUAAAGCACAGAGAAUUGCAAAAUUGCAGCACAAAUUAACCAUGGCAAUCUUUCAUCAUGGGUUAGCAUGCUACAGCUAGCAGAUACCUAAAUAUGCAGACAAGUUUUGUUUAACACAUUCUUUAGUUAGUUUUAAUCUGUCAGAAUGACAUUUUGUUCAAUGUUUUAUUGCAAGUGCACACAUACAGUCAUCAAGUCCCUAAGUCCUCCAGGUUUUAUAAGUAUUAUUAAAUAAUUAACAGACUAAGACCUGAAAGGAGGUUAUACUUUCAGUUAAGUAAUUUAGGGUACAGGUGGAACAAAGCCCUCAAGAACUGGAAUUUGCUCCCCAUGUCUGUUAUUUUCCUGUGGAUUGACUCUGUCCCUGUUAAUUCUCAGACUGCGAGGACUGCCAGACCUUCUUCAUUGAUGUGUGUGGGCUGCACGGCCCUGCGCUGUUCAUUCCAGACACGGCCG